CAUGUGUCUGUGGUUGCUCUUCCCAGAACAUGGUGAUGAGUUUUCGAGUCUCCGAUCUUCAGAUGCUCCUGGGUUUCGUCGGCCGGAGUAAGAGUGGACUUAAGCACGAACUUGUCACCCGGGCCCUCCAGCUGGUCCAGUUUGACUGUAGCCCUGAGCUGUUCAAGAAGAUCAAGGAGCUCUACGAGACACGCUACGCCAAGAAGAGCUCAGAACCCGUCUCCCAACCCCACCGGCCCCUGGACCCCUUGACCAUGCACUCAACCUACGAACGGGCCAGCACUGUGCCCAGGACUCCACUCACAGGCCCCAACAUUGACUACCCUGUGCUCUAUGGGAAGUACUUAAAUGGACUCGGACGGUUGCCUGCCAAGACCCUCAAGCCAGAAGUGCGCCUGGUGAAGCUGCCCUUCUUUAACAUGCUAGAUGAAUUGCUGAAGCCCACUGAACUGGUUCCACAGAAUAACGAGAAGCUUCAAGAGAGCCCAUGCAUCUUCGCAUUGACGCCCAGACAGGUGGAGCUGAUAAGGAACUCCAGAGAACUACAGCCUGGGGUCAAGGCCGUGCAGGUCGUCCUAAGAAUCUGUUACUCAGACACCAGCAGCCCACAGGAGGACCAGUACCCACCCAACAUCGCUGUGAAGGUCAACCACAGCUACUGCUCAGUCCCGGGCUACUACCCCUCGAAUAAGCCCGGAGUGGAGCCUAAAAGGCCCUGCCGCCCCAUCAACCUCACUCACCUCAUGUACCUGUCCUCGGCCACCAACCGCAUCACCGUCACCUGGGGGAACUAUGGCAAGAGUUACUCGGUGGCCUUAUAUUUGGUGCGGCAACUGACCUCCUCCGAGCUGCUGCAGAGGUUGAAAACCAUCGGGGUCAAGCAUCCGGAACUGUGCAAGGCACUGGUCAAAGAGAAGCUUCGCCUGGACCCUGACAGUGAGAUCGCCACCACCGGCGUGCGGGUCUCCCUCAUCUGCCCACUGGUGAAGAUGCGGCUGUCCGUGCCCUGCCGGGCAGAGACCUGUGCUCACCUGCAGUGCUUCGACGCUGUCUUCUACCUCCAGAUGAACGAGAAGAAGCCUACCUGGAUGUGUCCUGUGUGCGACAAACCUGCCCCCUACGACCAGCUCAUCAUAGACGGGCUCCUCUCCAAGAUCCUGAGUGAGUGUGAGGAUGCCGAUGAAAUUGAAUACCUGGUAGAUGGCUCAUGGUGCCCGAUCCGUGCCGAGAAGGAGCGCAGCUGCAGCCCCCAGUGCCCCAUCCUCGUGCUCGGCACCUCAGACACCAAUGGGCUCCUAUCCAGCCCCAACGUCAACGGUGGCGGUGGCAGCAUGCUUGGGGGCUCUGGAGGCGGGGGCAGCACAAUGGGCAGCAUUGAAAAUGGGAAGCUGGGAGCUGAUGUGGUGGACCUUACGCUGGACAGUUCCUCGUCUUCAGAGGAAGAGGAGGAGGAAGAGGAAGAUGAGGAGGACGAGGAUGAGGAUGGCCCCCGGCCCAAGCGCCGCUGCCCCUUCCAGAAGGGCCUGGUGUCGGCCUGCUGACGGAUCGUCACCCACCACCAACUGGUCGGACACUCAAAUUUUCCUGGUGCUCACCACGCAGAGGGGUUUUGGGGUGCAGAGGGAGGAGUGAUUUUUUUUUUUCUUUUUAUUGUUCAUAUGGUUUUCCACCCCUUUCCCUGGAUCCUGGCACCUGUACCUCUGGACUCUCCUAUUGGAGGAUUAAAAAAAAAAAGUAAAAUUACAAAAAAAAAAGUACAAAAGAGAAAAAUGAAACAAAAAACAAACUCUUAAAAACAAGACGAGCCACCCACACAGCUGUUUCCCCAGCAGGAUUCAGAACCCAGAAGAGGGAUGGGCAGGACACUGCAUCCUCCCAGAUGCCCCGCCUCUUCUGAUGACCAUUCCAGCUGGUACAGAGGGACCUGGGGCUGGUGGGGGCAACAGGGAGGACUGAGGGGCUCCCUGGCAGCAGCCACGACUUGGACAUUCAUGUUCCUUUGCUUUUCUUCUCUCUGUGAACUGUCCUCUUGCCAGAGACCCUGGAAUGGGCCUCUGAGCAGUGAGAGUUUUAGCCAAGAAGCCAUUGAGCAGGUGGGUGGGGGUGGGCUAGGGAGGGCUUAGCCACAGAUGUGUUGUAUUUUUUGAAAGUGCAAUAACUUGGUAUUUUGAAGACCCAGCAUGUGGCCAGAACCCCCUUUGAGGUGGGGGCUUCAGGGUGUGGCACCGUGUGGCGUGGGGGGUCUCAGUUCUUUAGCCAGCUACCUCGGUAACUCCAAUUCAGGUUAACUUCCCUACGGAACAGUGCAGAUGUCCACGGGUGCCACCGCCGGGAAGGUGGCCACCUCUGAGGGGCAGCAGGGACUCCUGCCCCGUCCUCUUAAUUUGGGGUGGUUCCUUCCCCUCUUGCUCUUGGGUUUUCCGACGGGUACGAGGCCUGCCCUGCAGCCCCUCCCCCUGGAGCCUCAUACUCGUCUUCCAACAGGACUGGGCUAGGGGCCACCCUUUAGCAACCCAAUUAGCCUUGGGGGUGGUCCAGCAACCAUGGGGCUUCCAUAGCAACCCCAGAUGCCUCCAGGGACCUGCAGCUGGGUGCUUGGCCCACCACCCAGCAUCCUUGCCCCCUCAGAAGCCACAACACCCCAGACCACUUCUGCCUGCCCUCCUGUUUUGCUUUUUCUCUUCCCUGUCCUUUCCCCACCAACCCCAGAAUAAUUUUCCUUUGUAUAAACAACUCUACUAGUCAGGAAGCAAUAUCAUUUCAGGUCUAAAGACAAAAAGGACAUAAAUCUGGUCGAGGGCAAAUUCAGUUUUACUGUAUAGACUCAGUUGCGCAGUCCAGCCUCCCUCAGUCUGCACUGGCAGCUGAAGGCCGCUGUUUUCUAAUAUUUGUAUUCUAAUUUAAUUGUUUUUUUAAAAAUGCAAAUAAAAAGGUCAAGGUGAAGCCA